UCCGCAGUCGGCACCUAAGUCUUGCUCUUUGAAGACAAAAUGAAUUUAUAUAAUAUUAUUCUUGUAUGGGACCUCACUAACAAUCUCCGCCAGUUUGCUUCACAAAAACUAAAGAAAAUGAGAAUUCAGUCAGUUACCUCGUUUUUCUCAAUCACCACACUCACAAUCUUCUGCUUUAUCACCAUUCAGUACGCAGCCAAUGCCUGGAGGAUCAAAAAUCUUUGUUACUUCAAUUGAAGAAUAGCCUCCAGUUCGAUCCAGAUUCCUCUGUCAAGUUGGUGAAUUGGUCACAAACCAACGAUUGUUGUCAAUGGAAUGGUGUGACGUGUGACCAUUUCGGCCUUGUUAUAGGUCUUGACCUGAACACAGAAUCAAUCUCCGGAGGUUUAAACGACUCAAGUAGUCUUUUCAAGCUCAAGUUUCUAGAGAAGCUGAACUUGGCUAGCAACAACUUCAACUCCGAACGAACUCCAUCCAGUUUUGGAAUCCUCACAAGUCUGUCAUAUCUGAAUUUGUCAUACACUGAUUUUGUUGGGCAGAUUCCAAUGGAAUUCUCGCGCUUGACGAGGUUGGUAAAGCUUGAUCUAUCUAAUGACAACUAUUUUUCUACCAUCAGAAUUGUGCACCCAAUUUAUUUACACUUGUUCAUAACCUUAGUGGGCUUACAGAGCUUCAUUUGGACGGGGUAAAUAUAUCAGCAAAUGGGUCUGAAUGGGGUCAGGCCAUUUCAUCUUCACUGCCUAGCCUGCGAGUUUUGAGCUUGAGUGGUUGUUCACUUUUAGGCCCUAUUGAUUCUUCUCUUCAAAACCUUCAAUAUCUUUCAGAACUCAAUCUGGCUGUGAACAAUCUCUCAUCUCCGUUUCCGAAUUUCUUUGCGAAUUUUACCAAUUUGACAGUUUUGAAUCUCCGUGGGACAAACUUGUAUGGAAUGUUUCCAAACAUCAUAUUUCAGCAAGUACAAACACUGGAGACACUGGAUUUGUCUCACAAUAAACUGCUCAAUGGUUCUUUACCCGAUUUUCCACGAAAUCUGUCCCCUCGAAGUCUGGUGAUCAGUAACACCAAUUUUUCAGGGAACUUACCGGAAUCUAUCGGGAAUUUGAGGGAGCUAAGAAGGAUAGAGAUUUAAUUACGACUGUUAUUUCAGCGGACCGAUUCCGAGUUCACUUGCAAACCAUAGUCAGCUUGUUUACUUGGAUUUUUCAAACAACAAUUUUAGUGGUUCAAUACCUUUGUUUCAGGGAUCCAAGAAUCUCACUUCCAUACACCUCUCUCAUAAUGCUCUAACAGGUCCAGUUCCUUCCAUUUACUUUGAAGGCCUUUCAAUCUUGUAUUUGUUGAACAAUUCCUUCCAUGGGAGUAUUCCUUCUUCCCUGUUUUCCCUUCCAUCAAUGCAAGAAAUUGACCUUUCCUACAACCAAUUCAGUGAAAUUCCGGGGUCUCUUCCUUAUGGUUCCUUGUCUCCUUUGGUUAUACUAGAUUUGAGUACUAACAAAAUACAAGGACCUUUCCCCUCCUACUUGUUUGAUUUUCAAAGUCUGAAUACCCUCUUUAUUCUUCCAACAACUUAAGCGGCACCCUACAGCUUGAAAGUUUCCAUAGGCUUCAAAAUCUUACAGUGCUUGAGCUUUCAUACAAUAGCUUGUCAGUGGAUGCAAGUAUUAGUGAGUCUAGCUUAUCAUCCUUUCCCCAACUCAUAGAUUUAGCUUUGGCUUCUUGCAAGCUGCAAAAGAUCCCUCCUCUAAUGAACCAGUCGAGCUUAUUGGGUUUAGACCUUUCUGACAACCAAAUUUCUGGGCUCAUACCUAAUUGGAUUUGGAAUAUUACUAAUGGAUAUCUAAAUCUUUCUUCUAAUCUCCUAGUGGGUUUUCAACGGGGUUUCGUUAUUCCUACUGUUGGUUACCUUGACCUUCAUUCCAAUCAGCUCAGUGGUGAAAUCCCAAUACCAACAGAAGUGGGAGCCUACGUGGACGACUCGAGGAAUAAUUUCAGCUCUUCUAUCCCUGCUGAAAUUGGCAACCGCCUUCCCAAUGCUUGGUUCUUCUCUAUUUCUUAUAACAUGCUUUCUGGACCCAUCCCUCCAUCAAUAUGCAAUGGCAGCCACCUUGAGAUUCUUAAUUUGUCCAACAAUAGAUUCAGUGGCACUAUACCUAAAUGUUUGAUAGAUAAAGGGAUUGCAACCCUCCGCGUAUUGAAUUUGCAGAAUAACAAUCUUACUGCUAACAUAAUGGGGACAUUCCCGGAAGGUUGCACUUUGAGGACCCUCGAGUUGAAUGGAAAUCACUUGGAAGGGGAGGUUCCAAAUUCCCUUGCAAAUUGUGUAAAUGUGGAGGUUUUAAAUCUCGGUACCAACAACAUAAUUGGUAAGUUCCCUUGUUUUUUGGCGAACUUAUCAAAAUUGCGCAUCUUGGUUUUACGAUCCAACAAGUUCCAUAGAAAUAUUAGCUACCGAGCUAAUUACCUCUGGCCAAAGCUUCAAAUCAUUGACCUAGCUUUCAAAAACUUCAGCGGUAUUCUGCCGGCAAGUUUCUUUUCACAGAGGAAGGCGAUGAUGGAUGGGGGUAAUGCAUGACCAAAUUCCAAUCACUUGCGUUUUGAGUCCUCAAAAUAUCUACUAUCAGGAUUUAGUGACAGUUAUCAACAAAGGGAUAGAGAUGAAACUGUUGAAGAUCUUAACUAUAUAUACCAUCAUCAAUUUCUCAAACAACAGUUUCAAAGGAAAUAUACCAAAUACAGUUGGGGAUCUGAAAUCCCUCUAUGCUCUCAACCUAUCUCACAAUGUCCUCACUGGGUUAAUCCCAUCAUCACUUGGAAACAUAACACAGCUUGGAUCACUUGACCUCUCGUGGAACAAGCUCGAGGGAAGAAUCCCGGUGACACUUGCACGUCUUACAUUUCUUGCAUUCUUGAACGUAUCAUACAAUCAACUCAUCGGAAUGAUCCCAACUGGCCCCCAACUUCAACUAUUUUCAAUACUUCGUUCGAAGGAAACAAAGGAUUAUGGGGACCUCCUUUGAUCGCUAAGGAAGUAGAACCGGUACCGCCAACAUUGAAUGGUACGCAAUCAUAUACUGAGGAGGAUGAGAUUAACUGGGUCUACGUAAUCGCUACGUUGGGGUAUACUGCGGGGUUUGGAGUUAUUGUUGGACCACUUUUAUAUUCGAAAAGAUGGAGACAACGCUACUACGAACCACUCGAUAGAGUUAUUGUGAGGAUUCUAUAUCUUCGAGAGCAGCAAGCAAGACAUCAAAGGAGAAGAGACAACAUAAACCAGCUUCGGAGAUGCCACCACCACUGAAGGGGACGACAUUGUUCGAGUAGGAAUCCUUUUACCCUGUUUUGCACGACAUCAUAUAUUGGCAGGCGAGCGAUCACUUGGAAGGGACAAGAUUUAGCAUUGGGCACUAAGUUGGCUAUCUUAGUUUCAUGUCAUUUAGUAAUUUCAGUUACUUGAGUUGCGAGCAUGUAAUACUAUGGCAUGACAUGGUACUUGUCUAUUUGCUGCUUUUCUAAUUGGGCUUAGCGGACCCGGUGGUUUGUAAUUAAUUUAGCUCAGUACUAUUUAUCUUUCAGUGUUCAAUAAAUAGAAUCUUUCGAGUAAGAGUUAAAAACAAUUGGAGAAAAAGUGAAAUUUUUUUU